CCCCACGCCGAGCCCCGUUCCCGCGUUCCCCUGCCCGCCGGUGGGCGCUGGGGUGGCAGUGCGGUGGCAGCCAGAUGCCAGGGCUGAACUAGGGCGCGGUCCACGCAGGAAGCUCCGAGAUGCGGUGCCUCGUCACGCCCUGUGAGAGCGGCCGGGGGAGGAGGACCCUGAGCAGCCCGGUUCUGCUCGGCCUGCUCUGCACUCUGGCAGCCUUGCUGCAGACGGGGAGCGGCUGCCCGUCUGCGUGCGUCUGCAACAGCACGGAGGUGGACUGCAGCGGGCGUGGCCUGGUGGCCCUGCCCACCCUGAGCCUCCCGCCCGGCACCCGCACCCUCCUGAUGCCCAACAACCGGCUGAGCAGCCUGCCUGCCGACACCUUCGCCAACCUCACCAGCCUGGAGCGCCUGGACCUCUCCAACAACUUCCUGGACAACCUGCCCGCCUCGCUGUUCCGGGAGCUGGGCAACCUGACCGAUCUGGAGCUGCGUAACAAUAGCCUAACUGCGCUGGACCGGGAGCUCUUCCAGGGCCUGUCCCAGCUCCGCCGCCUCGACCUGUCCCUGAACGGGCUCUCCUCCGUCCCUCUGGGGCUGCUUGACGACCUGCAGGGCCUCACCUGGCUGUCGCUGGCCACCAACCGGCUGCACGCGCUGGAGAGGCCAGCUUUCGAACCCCUGGCCAACCUGCAGUUCCUGCAUCUGGGGGGGAACCCCUGGGAGUGCGACUGCAACCUGCGCGACUUCAAACACUGGAUGGAGUGGCUGCUGUACAGAGGUGGGCGGGUCGACGCGGUGGAGUGCACGUUGCCGAAGGACCUGCGUGGGCGGGACAUCCGCGGCGUUCCCGUGGAGAUGUUCAACUACUGCCUGCAGCUGGAGGACGAGAACGGCUCCGUGGGGGGGUCCAAGGGGGGGUCCCCGCCCUGCAGCAGGGCCGGGGGAGCGCAGCCCUCAGAGACCCCCCCGGUGGCGGACGCAGCCCCCGCACCGGACUGCGUGCGGCAGCGGUACCGGCCGGUGAGCGUGCGGCGGGCCAUCGGCACCGUGGUGAUCGCGGGCGUGGUCUGCGGCAUCGUAUGCAUCAUGAUGGUGGCUGCAGCCGCCUACGGCUGCAUCUACGCCUCGCUGAUGGCCAAGUACCAGCGCGAGCUGAAGAAGAGGCAGCCGCUGAUGGGGGAUGGAGACGCUGACGGUGACCCCGAGGAGAAGCAGAUCUCCUCCGUGGCGUAGAGAGGGAGGGGGCGGGGCUCGGGGGGCGGGCCCGCUUUGACAGACAGCUCCCCCUCCAUCAUCUCUGCUGUAUUCUGACCUCCAUUCCUGCUGCACUGCUGCCCGACUUAAUGCUGAACCUAACCCCCAUCCUGCCCCUCCUCCUCAUUCGGAACGGAGAUCGCACCCUGGACAGACUCCCCCGGGGGGAAGAGACACCCCCCGUGCGUCUUGCUGGCAGUAGAAGGAAACAGAUACGGGAGAUCGACUACAAAAAUGGACUCUUUCUGGAUUAGCUGUCAGCGGACGAGUGCAAUUCUAAACUGCACCUGCGCCGGCCUCUCUCUCCUGGUGGCCUUGCAGGCCCGCCCAACACGGAUUCCCUGCUCCAGACCAUUUGGACCUUUUUACUCUCGUUUCUGCACGGCGUUUUUGGCACAGAGGCGUGGGACGAGGGGCGCGGAGGUUCUGGAUGAUUCUGUGUCACGCUGGGCUCGGGGCGUCUCUGCCCCCUGUCCCGGUGCCAGCGUUCUGUGCCAGACUGCGCCCCACGCUCUCCCGGCUCACAGUAUCUCUCAGACAGUCUCCACAGUGACAGGAAUACUGGGUCUCUCUGUAUUAACACUAUCUCUCUGUAUUAUAUAGAAUGAUAUCAUUAUUCUGUACUUUGUGAUGUGGCCUCUCUCUCCCUUUUUCAGUAAUGUUCCAUUUGUUUGUUUAACUGUUUGUUUGUGUCUCCAUUAUUUAUUUUAAGUUAUUAAUUAUUCUUUUUUUCAGUUAGUUUGGAAGGUACGCUAUC